CAGGAGAGAGAGAGAGAGAGGUCAUGGGUAUCUCGUUCUAGUUUCCGUUGGGUAAAGGCAGUCUCACCAGCGCUAGUAGUAGUGAGCUGAGCGUGGUGGUGGUGGAUGGUGGACGUCUUGCGCAAUGGGCGCGUCGUCACCGGUACUAUCCGUCAUGAAGGUAUCUCUCUUGGCUGGCUUCACGGCGCUGGCGCUCUUGACGACAACAUGCCAGACAUCUCCUGGCGAACGCGAAUGUCAGCAGUGGUCAAUGGAGAAGAGCUGGAUGAAUCUAUGCUGUCAAAACCACACCACCAACAAGACUUGCUACGAUCAUUGCCAGCUGGUUAUAGCUGGGUUUGGUGGUAAGAAGGCUACAGCAGAAACUACUGGGAUGGCACUCAACAUAGCCAAGCAGAAACCGGAGUGUGGUCUUAUUGGGGGUUUCACCCAGUGCAUAUUGGACAGGGAAAAGCAUUUUCCACCGCCUGUCAGUGAGCUCUCUCUUCAGAAAUGUACUUCGAAAAACUGCACAAGACCAGAGUAUACAUCUGACCACUGGUGCUGUAAUCUUGCCAAGACGACGACGUGUAGACAAGCCUGCCAGUCUUUUGGGAAGGUCCUGGCUCGUGCUCAGUCUAGCAUUGCAUUCAAGGAAUGUCAGAGAUCUGGUGAUGAGAUGGAAAUGUCGGUGUGCAUAGAGCAGGACAAGUCGCCGGCAAUGCCUGCCUGCGAUGGCAUGCUCUUCUGCAAAAACUUCAGUCGGCCGGGUAUGUCCUUCAACAAUUGUUCGCUAAGUGCAGACAUCGAGGCGUUGACGCAGUACAGGCGCUGGCUGGAUGAAGGCAAAAUUCGCUUCAAUGGCGUCGCUGCCGGCAUCAACAUUUCCAGGUGCCUGACGUCCGACGUCUGGAAGGCGUUGAGCUGCUUUCUGACACUUCAGCCGACGAAUUCCUUUCUUGAUCGCAGGAUGUGCAGGGCAAGCUGUGAUUGGCUUCUAGGCAGUUGCAAGAAAGAAAACCCCGGUGUUGACGAACGGUCUUGUGAACACGCUGAUGGAGAGUAUUUUGCGAACACAACCGACUGUUUGGACCUGGAAGAUUUCAUUGAUGUACCUGCAAGAUCAAUACAACAGUCGUUCGACACCAUAACCAACCCUUGCAUACCCAAUCCCUGUGAACAUCAGAUGUGCGUGGUGAAUCGUGAUUGCCAGAAGAGCGGUAACUGCAGAGCUAAUCACACUUGUGUUCCUGGCUGUGCCCUGGACUCUUCACAUACGUAUGUCUUUGAUAAGCACUGGGUCAAGAUGUCUCCCACAUCCUACACCAUCAACACGUCUCUCAUAUCUACACGCUACUGUCAGUGUAAUGCCACCGAGCAUGGGUUCAAUCGCUGCGUUACCAUGGUGAAGUCGCCGGGGAAACAGUGCAACACCAGUGAAGGCGCUGAAGAUGGAACGCAUUACACGAACAGCGAUGGAGACCCAUGUCUCUGUGACGACGGUCAUGAGAGGUGUUUGGUGAACCUCACCCGCCUAGCUAGCACCUUGGAAGCAAAUGAUUUCUUCACCCAGUACGCCCUGGUACCUUCCAUUAGCCAUGAUGAGCCAUGCCAUAAUUGUGAGAAGGAUGUGAUGGUUCCAGUGUGCGGUGCUGACGGCAGGGUCUACAGGAACAAAUGCUUUGCAGCGUUCAACAAGGCAUUACCCCAAACUGCAGGACUUGACUGUAUGGAUCGACGUGACUCAAUUUGUCGAUGCAAACAAGGGCAAAAUUGUGUUCCCAGGCCGGGCAUAUGCUUGUCAGACACAGCAGCUUGUCCACAGUACGCGUGCGAGUCCUCAGCAUGCACUCCAGCACCGUUCUGUGAUACCUGUGGACAGCAGCAUGCUCAGGCGUGCAGCAGUAGCCUACAGGACUGUCUGAGCGUCUCAGACCAUGCUCCGAUGUCCUGCCUGGAUUGCAGCUGGUCCUACCCGGGACGGUGCCUGUAUUCCUGUAAUCACACCGAGCAGUCGUGUGGAAUGGACGGCCAGACGUACCACAGCCAGUGCGCCAGGCAAGCACUGGGCAUACCGGAGGACUAUCCCGGACCGUGCACUCACCUCAGCUGGACCAACGCCGUCAAUGUCACUGAGCUAGAUAUACAGUGUGAAGACGUGCAGUGCCCGGCGAUACCAGAGUUCUGCAAACCAUUGCCACGUCUACCUGGCACAUGCUGUGAUGUGUGUGGCAGUAUAGUGAGCGUUGUAGCUUCAUUCUCCGCUGCUGACACGUAUAGCAGUGCUACGGGGAAACCCCUUAUACGUGCUCAUGAGCUGGUGCUGCAGCUGCAGGAGAUACGAUCUCUGUCAUUCUGUGAUGUUCGAGGAUUCAUGCUUGGAUCAAUGCUGCUUGCGGUUGUGACGGUUCAUAACGCACAUACUUCAAUCAGCCAGUAUGAGGUGCAAGCGUGUCAAACGCAGGCAGCACUUCUCAACACGCUCAUCAACGAGCGGAAUCCGAUCAUUGUAGCCCUACCGCCAUUAUCCAUACUUGAACGAUCCACACUCUACACAUCGGAGAUUUCACCUGCAGUGCAGUUGAAUGAAGUUCAGUCGUCGUCUGCAGCUGCGGAUGUACAUUGUAGCUACCGAGGAUCUUGGCGGUGGUGGGUUUACGCUGCUGUGUGCAUGCUAUCAGUCCAGUUGUCAGCCUGUCUUACCGGUGGGCAGAGCUACGCAUGACACUGGUGCUCUGUAGCUCUCAAAUCAUGGACGGACAAUCGUGCCCCUCCAGUAGAACUCAUGUACAAGGCAAUCAUGCCCCUCCAGUACAACUCAUGUACGGAGACAAUCAUGCCAUCCCCAGUACAACUCAUGCACAGAGAAACUUAUGCCACUCCAGUACAACUCUUGUACCUGCAGUGGCACACACUAAUUCUUGACACAGUUUUACAAUUCACUGACUGGACUUGAGUAAGAGAGCCCUAUUCUAAAGGGUAUACCCAGUUCACUAUCAAGUACCUCACUGUAUCAACAUUCACUCGGCAAGCUUGCUCAGCAACCACCACCCUAUUCAAUGAUCAUGUGUUGAGAGUACACAUGUUCAAGAAAUCCCGACAUGGCCGACGCCGCCCGGUAAAGACCGGGCGCUGCGCUGUACACAUUGCACAUUGCUAUUGAUGCGCUUGACCCAUCUUCCAUUUUGUACCAUGCAUGCCAUCUGUCUUGAGUUAUGACUCUUUUAUACAUCAUCAGAUCUGAAUGAUGUAUUGUGAACAGCAGCAUCAGUGCGACUUGUUGCAUGCAAGGCCUUCUGUUAUGAGUGUCUAGGCAUGCAAUUUUGCACCCGGAUUCUUGUUCUAGAAGCACAGGUUCUAUUUUAAAUGAUGUUACGUUAUCUUUAUGAAGUUAAUUUUUACUUCACCGUAGGUACAGGCAUUGUUGCCUUCUUGCCGUGGAUCUUGAAUGAUGAUGCCACAGCUCCCCUAGGCUAUGGCAGUUCUA